AUGUUCUUUCCACUAUUCUUGGCAAUCAUAAUUGGAAUUUUGUCAACAGUUAUAUUGGGCCAAAACGGAACUCCUACACCAACAAACGCGUCAACAGCUUCUCCCGUAUCAACAGCUUCUCCCGUGUCAACAGCUUCUCCCGUAUCAACAGCUUCUCCUGUGUCAACAGCUUCUCCCGUGUCAACAGCUUUUCCUCCGUCAAUAGGUUCUCCCGUGUCAACAGCUCCUCCCUUCCCAAUGGUGACAAUAGGUUCAACUUCUGAUUUAACGCAAGAAUUAAAAACAUCGAUGGUCAGUAGCACAGUUUCAAGUCCUGAAAAUUUUUUCGUUUGCUGGAAGCUUUUAUCAUGUCCGUGGCAUCCGCACCAACACUGCCAUUGUCCACCUUACGCACAUAUUUGUUAUGGGCCCUAUACGAAGCUAGUUUGUCCGAAAGGAAUUCAGUAA